CGCGUCAUUCUUUCGUUUUUCAAACUUCAAUUUCCUUUUCAUUUCUUGGUUGACUGAUGAAACCCACCAACUCCACCACCUCGUUCCGCCGUGCUCAGCUCUCUUACUAGGGUUUAGUCUACGUCUUCUUAACUCGUAUAAGACGUAAGUUUUCGUACCUAUAAGUGAAGAACAAGUUUGCACUUCACGUGUUCGACGCUUUGCCCCAAUUAAUCACAACGUUAAUUUCUCUUCUAUAUGUCUUUCAAUUUUCGGUGAAUUAUCUCUCUCUCUGCAAACUACAUAUAGUAUAGGUAGAAAAUUGGAAGUCGGGAAACCGAAAAAAAAAGUUGGAAUUUUUAAGGUUGUUUUGUUCUCUGUUUGCUCGUUUGAACUCAAGUACUUGUAAAGAAAAAUUGGAAUAUUGUUUCUUUUUGGAAGAGUUUGGUGAUGUAUGAUAUCUGGGAAUUGAAUAUUAUUGGGGGAUUUUUUUAACUGAAGCAGAAGUUUGUCUGGAGUUGAAGCCGGUUGAUCUAUGGGUAUCACUGUUUGUGGUGAUAGUUCUUCAAUUUCAAGUGUAGUGUUUGUUGUUUUCAUACUGCUGCUUCAGACCCUUUUCAGAUUUGUUUAGUUUUGGAGAGUUUGCGGUGCUAUAUCUUAACUUCAAAGUGUAUAUCUGCAUAGGCAGUGGUGCAAACUUGCACAAGUUCUAUUGCAGUGAUAUAAGAUUUGAGUUGUAGUGUUGAAAAGGGUAUUAAAGAUAAUACCUUUUGGAGUUUAGUGAUUGUAUUGAAGUUAUUGAGAUGGAUAAUUCAGAUCGGUCGUUCAAUAGGAAUCCUGAUCAUUUGGGUGUGAAUAAAUUUGGGAAGAAUAUCAAGAAGAGUCCUAUACACCAACCCAAUUUCAACAAUGCAAAUAGUGCUAGGCAACAACCUCAACCUCAGGUUUACAAUAUUAACAAGAAUGAUUUUCGGAGCGUUGUUCAGCAACUGACAGGUUCACCAUCUCAAGAGCCUCCACCUAGACCUCCUCAGAAUCCUUCUAAGCCUCCGAGUAUGAGAUUACAAAAGAUUCGGCCACCACCUUUGACUCCUAUAAAUCGCCCCCAAAUUCCAAUCCACCAUCCAGCACAGAUCCCUGCCCCAGCUCGACCUGCAGGAGGCUUUCCUUACCAUAACAAUAUUGUAAGACCGCCUACUCACUAUGGUCAGCCCUCACCACCUAUGUUACCACCAACUCCUGGAGACGUUUGGACAAAUACAGCUGAGUCUCCAAUUUCAGUUUAUAUGCGUUAUCUUCAAAAUUCAAUUAUAGAUUCAGGGCCUAAACAAACACAAUAUCAAGGCCCUGGUCAUUUUCAAGCAUCAUCUGGUUUACUUCCUAAUCCUUCAAUGCCACCUCUUCCAUCUCCUAGAAUGAAUGGCCCGCCUCCUCUCCCAUUUGCGCGGAUGAAUGGUCCUCCUCCACCUCUUCCAUCUCCUAGAAUGAAUGGCCCGCCUCCUCUCCCAUUUGCGCGGAUGAAUGGUCCUCCUCCACCUCUUCCAUCCCCUAGAAUGAAUGGGCCACCUCCUCUCCCAUCUCCUAGGAUGAAUGGUCCUCCUCCGCCUCUUCCUUCCCCGGGAAUAAAUGGGCCUCCUCCUUUGCCUUCACCUAGUUCUCAGUAUCUUUUGCCAUCACCCACUGGCUUCUUGAACUUGUUAUCUCCUCGAUCCCCUUAUCCAUUGCUUUCUCCAGGUAUGCAGUAUCCUCCACCACUGACUCCAAAUUUCUUCUUCUCUCCUAUGGCUCAGCCUGGGGGUUUUGGCACGGGACCACAAUUUCCUCCUUCUCCUGGUUAUGGAUUUCCGUUGUCACCUUCUGGGUUCUUCCCCAUUUCAAGUCCAAGAUGGAGGGAUCAAUAGUACCACCACGAAGAGAGCUUCUGACCUUGGAUGGCUCCUUUUAUCUGAUUCUUUGCUUCGAGUUUUGUCAAGGUGGUAGAUCUCCUCCAAAUUAAAGCUUUUUCCAUGUGGAUAUGCAGUUGUAUACAAUGUAAGAGAUCCUUUCUGAACAUGUUUAUACUUUUUUCUUUGUCGUUCUUAACAUACAUUUCAAAUCUUUGACUCUUUGAAUGUAGAGUUUGUAGUAGAUGUAUCGCUUUAUUUGUGUAGCCCUUCUUUAGUACAUUUAGCAACUCUCAACUGGACAGUUGAAAAGGUCAGGCUUGUUAGAUGAUGGUUAAUUGAAUUUUAUAUGUAGCUGGAAAGGUUCUUGUAUUCUUUGUAAUGUCAACUUUGGGAUCGAAUAUUUUGGUUCUUUUUCCUAUCAUGUAGAUCAAUUUUCGGCUUGUUACCUUUGGUAUCAAUUUGUUUUAUUAAAAAAAAAUAUCUGCUUAUUGCUUCAUUUGUGCAUGA